AUUGAGGAUUUUUGCAGCGCGCCAAAUGCUGUUCAGAAGGGUUGCCAUAUUUCGACUUCCAAGUCACAUACGGAGUAUUCGAACUUCGACACAGUGUUUGACAGAACUCAAGCUUACGUUUGCUUCAUCAGCCCAAGCCUUUUACAACAAUGUCGCGGUAAAGCAAGUUGACGUUCCCACUUUAAAUGGUCGUUUCGGUGUUUUGGCUGAACAUGUCCCCACAGUGGGUUGUCUAAAACCCGGUAUUGUGGCAGUCACUGAAAAUGACGGAAGUGUAAAAAAGUAUUUCGUUAGUAGCGGUAUUGUAACUGUCAAUAGUGACUCAUCUAUUCAAGUUCUUGCCGAAGAAGCAGCUUCACUUGACCAGUUGGACCCACACGCUGUUAAAGAUGGAAUGUCUAGGGCACAAUCCGAGUUGUCAAGCGCUACUACAGAACUGGGGAAGACAGAGGCUCAAAUCGCCGUUGAAGUAUUCGAAGAAAUGUCUCGUGCUCUUCAGGAACAAAGUUAAUUUAUUAUUUGUAUCACCAAGUUUGUUAGACUGAAUAAUUGUAGCUACAUUACUGUACAUCUUUUCUUGAGUCUGUUAUGCUUCGAAGCCGUAAUAUGUUUUAACUAGACGUUGCUGUUCUUUUCCAAUCAUACUUUAUGUUAUUGUGAUUUAGGAGUUGUGGGAUGUGCUAACAGGUUUUUUGCAUUGCUUGAAACGAGUGACGUCAAAGCUCCGACUGUCGAUGAAUUCGAACCCUAACCGACCAUUAUUGAAGUGCACUGAAUUUAAGCUAUAUUGUAGUAAUUUUAUUAUGUAUAUCGAAUAUCUCGUUUUGUAUAUUUUAAUUUCUUGUAGUCAUUCAGAAGUAUUCAAGCAAUGUUUUAUAUUUCCGAAUUCUAGGAAAAUAAUAGGGUUAUAAACUGCUUUGAUGGCAAGUGAGCGAAAGUAUGGAUUGUUAUUGGGCAUGAUUAGUUAACUAAUAAGUAUGAUUUACCUAGAUUUACAGCUUUCUAGUGAUCAAGUGGAAUCACCUAACAAUUUAGGAAGCCCAGUUUAAGAGUAUUCUUAUGAUAGUUCAGAAGUUCAUGCUUCAAGUAGAUUAAGACGUUUGGGUGACAGAACCUUUUUAGUAGAAACAAAAAGAACACAAGAGUUAGUUUGCACAAUCAGGAAAUAUGUAGAUAAAAAUUACAUAAAUGAGAAUACCGACUUAAUAUGUGUGAUAAAUAG